AUGGUUGUCUUGUCUGACACAGCGACAAACGGCAGACUUGCAGCCCCGAUCUCUGAGAGGGCAAAGCUGGAAGCUGCCAGCUUCAGUGAAUUCCAGCAAAAGAAUCGCCUCACUGAACAAACCGUACAGCAGUGGGUAUGUGAUGUUCAGCAGUGGGCAGUCACAGAGCUAGUUUCCACACCAGGGAGCACAGAGGACCUCAGAGCUGAGAUAGAGAGCAUCACAGUUAGCCUGCUCCGCAAGAAGCAGGACCUCUAUCGUCAACAUGAUAGCAACCAGACAAGGCAAAGGAAGAGAAAGAAAAUAAGAGAUUUAAAGAAAAAACUAAGAGAAAAGAUCUUGCAGUACAAUUCAACUGAAGAGGAUAAGAUUGAUGAAGAGUUGGCCUGCAGUUUGACGGAAGACUAUAUCCUGCCUUGGGAGAGGCUUGAAGAUGGUCACUCCUUCAGAUUAAAAUGGUCAGUUUUUGACCAAAUGAUGCUACUUAAACGCCUUGAAGAGGAGAAGAGCAUCCUGGUCAAAGAGAUGUCCCAGCACAUCAAGUCUCUCCAGAAGGAGAUGAAGGGAGUGGAGAAAUGCAAAAAAAAAACACCAGAACUUGCAAUUUUGGUGACAUGUCGGAGGAGGCUGCAGAGGGUUGGAAAAGUGUCCUCAUGCGGCGAUCUUCUGCACUGGAGAGGUUAUGUCAAGAAGCUGUAAGCACAUAUCGUGCUAUAGUUGAUGAUCUUCAGAUACAGGACUCAGAAUGCAGGACAGACACUGAUGACGAUGACUAUGACCUUAGUAGUCCAGAGUCAGAGGAAGGAGAUUAGGAAGGAGACCACUCUGUUUUGUUAUCAUCAUCGUCGUUAUCAUCAUCAUCGUCGUCGUCCCUGGAGAGAGUUCAGACUGCACAGAAUAUCAUAUAUCAGGGCUAUUUAAAUCUUACCCUGGAGGGCCGGAGCACUGCAGAGUUUAGCUCCAACCCUGAUCAAACACACCUGAGCAAGCUAAUCAAGGUCUUCAUGAUCACUAGACAAUCACAGGUGGUUAAGUUUGAUUAGGGUUGAAGCUGAACUCUGUAGUGCUCCAGCCCUCCAGGUUAAGAUUUGAAUAGCCCUGACAUAUAUCAACAGUUUCCAUACAUAGAUGACAUCUUCACCUCCCAUUGUCUGCAACAGGCACACAGCAUUCUCAAGGAUCCAUCCCAUACUGCCCACCAACUGUUUGAACUAAUGUUUUCGUGGACCUGUAGCGUUUUUUGGAGGGCAUAAGAUUCAUGAACUGUUUCUUUCCCAAAGCCAUUACCAACACUGAAGUCUGACACUCACCAAAUGCAACUUAUCACUAACAUGCAACAACCACUAUGAAGCACUUUACACUGAAUAGCACUUUAGGCCAAGGAAUAUUUGGACCUUUCAGCACAUGGCUUUAACUGUAUAUGUUGGACUUGACUGUAUGUGUUGCAAAGUGAAUUUAUACUUAUACAAAUCUUGUUGUCUUAUUUAUCUUUCAUUGGCAGAAUGUUUAUGAUUCAGAUAUAAUACCAGACAUGUAAAUACCACUGAAACUAUGGUAAUUCAGUUUAUCAACAUUAGAUCUUGUUACAUGUGAAGUUAUUAUGCACUUCAAAUUAAUGUACUAAAAUCAUAACUGUACAGUAUACAGUAUGCCAGUGCAGUGUCUACUGAACAGAUUGGCCCUUUGCACUAUGGACUAUGUUUUCUGAACUGUUCCUCUUCAACUGCAGCAUAUAGAACAGUACAGGGCUAAUUUACUGUUACAUUUAUAGGUUGGCUCUGCAUUUUCCUUUGUUGUAUGUUGUUGGAUGUGAGCACAUAAAGACAGAUUCCGAUCAAUUUAUGAAACGGCUACAAUAAAUUUGAACAUGAAUUUGAAAAUGUUGUGAAUUAUCUGAGAUUUCAAUUAAAGUGCAUAAA